AUGGUCCUGGAGGCUUCUAUCUUGGUUGGUGAUUACACGCCUACGCGUUUGGAGGCCCAGGCAGAUGCCGUCAACCUGAUCUUUGGCGCCAAGACCCAGUCCAACCCCGAGAACACCGUCAGUUUGAUGACCAUGGCCGGCAAGAGUCCCAAGGUACUGGUGACAUUUACAGCGGAUAUCGGCAAGAUCUUAUCGGCUCUUCAUAAUGUCGCCAUUGGAGGCCAGGUUUCCUUCAGCACCAGUGUCCAGAUCGCUCAGCUGGCAUUGAAGCAUCGUCAGAACAAGAACCAAAGACAGCGGAUUAUUGUGUUUGUGGGCAGCCCCGUGGAGGAGGACGAGAAGACGCUGGUGAAGCUGGCCAAGAAGUUAAAGAAGAACAACAUUGCCGUCGACGUCAUCAACUUUGGAGAGGAGGCCGAGAACACCACUAAGCUCGAGGCCUUUGUCGCCGCCGUCAACAACAGCGAUAACAGCAACUUGGUGACGGUCCCACCAGGUCCUCAUUUGUUGAGCGACAUCCUCGUCAGUUCGGCAAUCGUCGCAGGAGAGGACGGCACCGCGCCCGCCUUUGUCUCGAGCGGUGGUGGGUCCUACGAGUUUGGCGUCGACCCUAACCUGGAUCCUGAAUUGGCCCUUGCCCUCCGGAUUUCGCUUGAGGAGGAGCGUGCGAGACAGGAAGCUGCUUCUGGAGGCCCUCCUAAGGCUGAGGAGGGCGGUGCUAAGGCCGAGGGCGGUGCUGCAGCGGCGGCUGGCGGUGUUGAGGAUGAUUUGUUGGCCCAGGCUCUUGCCUCAUCACAAACGGACGGCGACCACGAUAUGGAGGGUCUGACAGAAGAACAAGAAAUGCAACGCGCAAUCCAAAUGUCAAUGUCCGACACCAAUCCCACAUCCCAAACCACCACCAACCCCGCAGGAGAUUUUGACGAGGCGAUGCAGGACCCGGAUUUCAUGAACUCUGUCCUAGGCUCGCUCUCGGGCGUCGAUACCAACGACCCUCGUAUCCAGAACGUCCUCCAGGGCUUUUCUUCGUCUGCUAAUUCUGCAGAGGAGGAGGCUAAGAAGAAGAGGGAUGCUGAGGAGGCCAAGAAGGACGAUGAGAGCAAGUAG